GGCAUCCCAUGCUGGGCAUCUCUCACUGUACAGCAGAUCUCAUGAAAGCAAAGAAUAACAUCAACGAGCAUUAAACUUAAUGCAAUAGGCCAAGAUGAAAACGUUAAAGGCAAAGUUUAAGAAGACAGAGAGUCAAGACUGGAGUAAAAUUGAUGACAGACUGCUGCAGGCGGUUGAACAGAAUGACCCAGAGAAAGUGGGAAUGCUGCUGGUUAAGAAAGGCCUCUGCCCUUCAAAGCUAGACGUGGAAGGCAGGUCAGCCUUCCAUCUUUGUGCAUCCCGAGGUCGACUCGAUUGUCUGGAAGUGAUAUUAUCCCAGGGGGUGGACAUCAACGUAACAGACGGCACAGGGUUCAAUGCUCUUCAUCUUGCUGCUAAGAAUGGACAGCCUGAUUGUUUAAAGAGGCUUCUGCAGGAGAGGAUGCUUGUCGACUCAACAGACAGUUUUGGGAGGACUUCCUUACACCACGCUGCUGUAAGCGGCUGCUUAUCCUGCAGUGAGAUUCUGUGGGACUUCAAGGCCAACCUUGAUGCUCAAGAUGGUGACGGAUCAAGUCCUUUAAUCUUAGGAGCCCAGAUGAGCAGAAUGGAGCUGUGUGCGUUCCUUCUGGAACGAGGAGCCAAUCCUAAUAUACAGACAACCAGGGCAGGUAGAACAGCUCUGAUGUUGGCCUGCGAGAGUGACAGCAUGGAGACCGUAGAGGUGUUACUAAAGGGCGGAGCGAAUGCUCACCUAACCGACGCCCUUGGGCACAACUCCGCCCACUACAGCAUUUCUGCAGGAAACCACAACGUAACGCAGCUUUUGCGAAACGGAGGAUGCGUAGCCACAGCUGCUGAGGGUUCAAAUGAGGAGCAUGCUCCUCCCCCUGCUGGUGGGACCACACCCCGCAAGAGGAGAGCCCCGCCUCCUCCUAAAUCUCCUUCUCAGGGCACGCCUCCUUCCUCAAAUACCCCUGCUUCCACCCAACCUGAGCCGCAGAGCCCUUCUCCCGCCCCCCGGACCCAGCUGACCUCAUCUGAAAAUGCUGUGGAGGAUGAAGAGGUAUUUGAAGAGAUUCGUAAACUCAGAUUGGAAAGAGGUCGUCUGCUGCAGAAAAUCAAGACCCUUGAGCAACAGCAAAACAGCGCCACUACUGCCCUAGCAGAGCUCAACUCUCUGAGGGAAAGACUGAGUGAAGCUGAGGCAGAACGCGAUCGACUGCUGGCGGAGCUGGAGGACUUGAAAGCGGCUCGGGCGAGUGGAGUGACCUGUGAAUCAGAGGAUGGAGAGGACCUGGAUGACAUGUUGGAUUUCCCAGGAGCUGAGAAGUUGCUGUCUAGGCAGUCACGAGGCCUGAAUGCUGAUUCGUCGGAUGAAAGAGACGAGGGCGUGUCUCAAGGGAAUCCCGCCUCUUUAGAGCAGCUCCGCAAAAAAGUGGAGGAACUGACCUCACAGAACGCCGACCUGGUUUUAAAAGUGCAGAUGCUAGAGAUGUUCGAGAAGGAUGACACCGAUAUGCAGAGCUCGGGUCCAGACUUCGUUCCCACGGCACAGUACGAGUCUAUGAGAAAAGAGUUUGAAGAAUUGCAAGAGAAAUUCUCCAAACUCCAGACUGCUACCGAGGCCUCCAGCAUCGCAGAGGACCCUGGAUCUGAUGAGAAGCAACAGGAGGAAGAAAAAGCGGAGGAACAUCUCAAACAAAGGGAACUAAAGGAACAGCUGGCUGCCCAGGCCGAGUUAGAAGAGCUCAAAGAACAGAUGCGACUUGGGGUUUACUCUGUGGAGGAGGCAGAGACGCCUGAUGAAAGUUCUGAGGCCUCGAAAGAAAGGGAAACCUCAGAGACCCAACAGCUGAGAGCGAGGGUCCAGGAGUUGGAGGCGGAGCUAGCCAGCAAACGGACUGAGGGGGAGGGGCCUGGUGAAGGCGACAACGACACAAUCCGACAGCUGAAGCAGAGGGUGGGGGAACUUGAGGCAGCCCUGCAGGACAAGGCGACGGGAGAGAAAGAGGAGGCGAACACUGUUUUGAGACUUAACGAACGUGUGAGGGAGCUUGAGGCAGCCCUGGAGCAAGGCAAGCUGGCUGGGCAUCGGGAGGACAAGGGGGCGCCGGUGAACGGGUUGCAGGCACGUGUGGAGGAACUUGAGCGGGAGUUAAAAGAGAGUGUACCACGAGGGAAGCUCGAGGAGGUUCAGGUCAAUUUAAGUCUUCAGCUGAACCAGCUCUCUCGAGAACGGGCCGAAGUGGCUACGAGACUCAACCAGGCCUUGUUGGAGCUGGAGAGGCUCCGCCCACCUUCCGCAGAGGACGAAGAUGACGACGAGCCUUCGGAGAGCUCGGAGGUUUCCGUUGCAUCCGAUAUGUUGCCGGGUAGUCGGACCAUGGCGACGAUAAAGGAGGAGCUGGAUGUUGCAAGGCAAGAGGCAGCACAAGCUCUGGACAGCCUGUGUGCAGAGAGAGAGAGCAGAGCUCAGGAUGCACUACAUCUUAGGAAUGCAGUACCGCUGGCAAAACACCAGGAGGCGCUGACUGCUGUAGCGCAGCAGCUCGCUCGAACAGAAAAAGAGCUCCAGACAGAAAGGGCCCAACGUGAGCACGCACAAGCCGAGCUGGCCAGACUACAAUCUGAGCUGCAGGGGGCGCAAAAGGAGUCGGUAAGCAGGGAAGAGCAUGAGAGAGUGAAGGCAGAAUUAGAGCGCUCUCUAGAGGAAGUUCGCGAGAAGGCAGCGAUGGCACAGGAUGCUCUGAGCGAUAAAGAGACAGAGUUGAAAGAAUUGCGAUCUCGGAAGGCUUUAGAGCAAGGGCUGGUGUCUAAAGAAGACCACGAGGGCCAGAGACUGUCUCUACAAGCCGAAAUCAACACCUUGUCAACCCAGUUAGCUGAUCUUACACGCAAACAUGAGAAGACUUCUGUUGAGGUGUUCCAGGUGCAGCGUGAUGCUUUGUUUAAUAAAAGCGAGCGUCAGGUGGCCGAGGCUGAGCUGGAGGCAGUUAAAAAACAGCUGGCCGAUCUGCAGGCUGAAUCCACCCACAUCCAACUGCUACACCAGGACAUCCAGCACUCGCAAGGACUCGUCAAAGAGAAGGACCGCAAGAUCACAGAGUUGUCCAAGGAGGUGUUUCGUCUGAAGGAGGCGUUGGGCGCUCUAACUCCUCCGCUGGGCCGUUCUCCCUCACCACCAACCUCAGGAGGAAUACCUGGACAACAGCUGGCACUUCAGAACCGUGUGAAUGCUCUUACACAGCAGCUCCAGGAAUGGGAUCGCAAACACAAAACUGUGGUUUCGAUAUAUCGCUCUCACCUAUUAGCGGCUGUACAGGGUCGAAUGGAUGAAGAAGUGCAGGCUCUUUUGCUACAAAUCCUUCGUAUGACACAUAAAAGCCCAAAUUAACACACAGUAUAACUGUAUGACAGUUUAACUGACAGCAAAACACUGUGAUCCAGGUAUGAAUGCAAACUGCCAUGCUGGGAGAUAUAGUUUUGGAAAUGACAGAGAUGAAUAUAUUUCCUGGAUUUAGGUUUGAAAGGGUGAGCCUUGAAUAAUUUUGUACCACAUUGCAAUAAACACUGAGAAACAACAUCGCCGGUUUGUUCUUUUAAAACUCUGAUCAAAAGUCACUCGUGGUGGCGAUGACGCUUUCAGCACAGGCUCCAUCAACAUCUCACAUUAUGUCAAGUGUCACUAUGUGGUUUACAGAAUGUUAUGAACAAUUUCCAUACACUAAAAUGAUAGAAAGCACGCCUCAGUCAAUCUGUGACUUCUAUUCAAGUCACCUGCUGCCAUUCCUCUUACCACAAAUAUGAGCAUGUUUGUUAAUAAAUAAAAAAUAAAAAUAAUUAACUCACCUUGUGCCGUUAAAAACCCUCAUAAGUGCAUUUUCUCAGUGAAACAAAAAAUAUGUUCAUAUCAAGUUUUGAUAUAGUGAAAAAAAAACACCAGCCACAUAAAGUCUGCUAAAUACAUAUUCCUUUUCAACCACACCAUGUCUGAUAAUAGACCACAAAUAACACACAAUUGACACAUUCACACAGAAAGUGAAUUGAACUGAGCUGUGAGUUUGGGGUAUGCGGCUAAUGAAGGAUGAAUGAAGAGCGUUGACUUAAACUGCUGAUAAAGCAAAGAUGGUAAAAGACUGGACCAAUAACAACAAAGCCAUGAAUAACAGACAUUGGUACAGCACCACUACUUACAUAACUGAAGCAUGCAUAUACCCAAAACCUGAGAAGAAGCAGGUUUACUUUUUGUAAUGGGCUGGCUUUAAAUGAGUAGUUCACUAUAAAAUUAAAAUUUCACUAUAAU